AGGUCAGAUUUAUUGUAGCAACGGCCCAUGGUAACGCAGAGAGUCCAUGGCGACAUGGGUCGCGCUAUCUUGGAAAGUGUGAAGGAAUGCGACUGAUUGAGAGGUUCCUUUUGCGUUAAUAUCCCGCCAAAUGCUCUAUUAAUGGUAUAUCAAAAAGAAAACUUCUAGCCGACCUCUGUUCUCUUGAAAGUAAAUAUGGGAUGCGGCAGCUCCAGGUUCACGGUGGUCGAGCCCAUGAGAUCAAGCGAGUUGGACGGAGGAGAGGAUGACACAGUGAGUAAACAAGGCUGUAGGGGCGACUCUGCAGUGUCAAAGUUAACCACAGACAGUGGAGUGGUCCUGGACACUGGUGAGGUUCCCACCUUACUGGGGGCUGUACCCAGGAAACUAUCACCACUGGCAGCCCACAUUCCUGGCCUGGCCCAGGAGAGUGGUGAGAGACCCAGGUCCAGUGAGAUCCUGGAACAGCUUCUGAGCCAAGGCAUCAUCGCCCAGCCCAGGGAGAGGGCCAGCGGCGAGGCAUACAACAUCAUGAUUGAUGACAGAGAGACACCCAAACGUAGACCUACCCCUCACCUGGUGUCUCUGAAGGGCAAGAGGGACCAGUCUGUCACCAGCCAAGUGGACAUGGAGGAGAGGAUGAGACAGGCGGAGGAGGAAUGGAAGGAGCUGAACGUGAACCUGAGGCCUAAAUCAGCUGGUGUCCAUGACCCAGAAGCUGCAUCAACAUCUGGAGAGGGGGACAUAGUCAGCCCUGUGGAGGUUCUCCACGCCCCUGAUGCUCCUGAGACCCCACGCAGCCCAAGAGGGAUCCAGCAGGAGCCACUGGCUCCAGACCCAACUCAGACUCAAGGAGGAGGGGAUGGAGGGAGUGGAGGGGUCAGGGAGGGCGGGGGAGAGGGAGUCAUAAGUGGGCUCAGUGGGCAGCUUCUCUCAGCCUCUCUUGAGAUGGAGAAUGACUCCACAUUUCAACAGACUGAGCAAGCUGAGGAGCAAUUCUAGCACCUGGCUGGGAGCACCUUAUCCGUCUAUUGGAGCCCAGUGUGUCUGAGAAGGAGGGAGAGGGAGAGCAUAGAGAGAUGGUGCAGGGGGAAUUAGAGGAAGAGUAGGCAGGUGAGGUGAGGUGAGGGAGAGAGAGAUCAGUGAUGUCUAUUUGUGCUUUUGUAUACAAAAGAGCCAAGUGUAUGUGCAUACAGUCUGUUUCUAAGACUUGUUUGAAGUAUGUGGUAUAAAGAGAAGAGAUCUCUGAGGGUUUACUUUACGAUGCAAAAUCAUACUGUAUAAAGGUGGGCAAUAUUAUCAUUUGAAAUUGAAAUCAUGAAGAUAUUUAUUUUCCAUCCAUUUAAAAAAGGUAAAGGGACCCCCCCCCCAAUGGUGAACGUUGAGUUGAAAGCUGUUUUAGACACAAGAUGGCGGUGUUUCCAUGGAAUUAAAUUACUUCUUCAGCACUGUU